AUGUUGCCUUUCUUUGAUAACGAUCCCGACAUAGUGGACGGAAUCAUUGCUCGAAAGCUCGCUGACGAGCAGCUUCGUGAGUCUGAGGUCCGGGAUCACCCCGAGCUCCCGUCGGUCCAACAGUACCUAGUUCUGGUACAGGAUGAAGAAGAGGCGCUCGAAUGCAGCCGCAUUGCUGACAUCUUUCGCUUGAAGGACUCAGGAACAGGCCGUGAUGUGAGCGACAGCGACGCGUCCGGAUCCUCUGACUCGGAAUCCGAAUCCGGGAGCUCUUCCUCCCAGUCGGAGGAGAAGAAGGGUAAGAAGAAAGGUAAGAAGGGCAAGGUAUCCAAGUCGAAGAAAUCAAAGAAAGACAAGAAGGGAAAGAAGGGAAAGAAGGAAAAGAAUGGAAAGAAUAAGAAGAAGAAGAAGAACCGCAAGAAGAACAAGAAGACCAAGAAGACUCCCGAAGAAGAGGAAGCCGCAAAGAGAAAGGAAGAACACAAGCAGUCGAUCUCUGACCUGAAGAAGGCUAGUAGUGCUAUAUUGUGUGCAUAUACGCGUGCAGGCACAAACUAUCUAUAA